GCACGUGCGCGACGCCUACACAAGUUUAGGUGAAGUGGGAACGAAUCCGGAGCAGAAAGCCGGCUCGCAGAGGAAACCACGGAUCUAAUUUUUAUUACUUCUUCAUUCAACGCUUCACUCGUGGAUUAUUCUUCACGACCGGCGUGCACACUGAGGAAGAACCAUGUGACCUGACAUAUAUUAUCUGCACCCGGAGAUGAUGAUGAUGAUGAGGAGGAGGAUGCUACAAAGCUUCACGGACAGGCCAGUCAGGAAAUCAGUGUGAAGCUGCAAAAACACAAGGCUUUGCUACUGACUGAGCAGCUUGUGUGUGUGUGACAGAGAGAGAGAGAGAGAGAGAGAGAGGGUGAGUGAGUGAGUGAGUGAGUGCCUAUAUGGCGGAGUUUGGGGAGGACGACAGCCUCCCAUCUCCAUUCAAUGACGAGGGAAACACGGCUGUGCCCGGCGAUGAGGCGGCGGGGAAGACGCAUUGCGAAUUGGUGUCGCUGGUGAAUGGAGACUGUGGGAUCCCGGAGAACAUGGUCGGCGCUCGCACCCCGAUAGUCGCUCCGGGCAACCAAGCCGGGGUGGAAACCGCAAACACCUCGGUCGGACUGGACGGCAAAAACGAGAUUCCACGCAGGAGCAGCAUUAUCAAGGAUGGUUCAAGACAACGUAAAGAAAGAAAGAAGACGGUUUCAUUCAGUAGCAUGCCUACUGAGAAGAAAAUUAGCAGCGCAAGUGACUGCAUUAAUGCAAUGGUGGACGGCUCAGAGUUGAAGAAAGUGCGAUCCAACUCGCGCAUUUACCACCGCUACUUCCUCCUCGACGCCGACAUGCAGUCUUUGAGAUGGGAGCCCUCAAAGAAGGAGUCAGAAAAGGCCAAAAUUGAUGUAAAAUCCAUCAAGGAGGUUCGGACAGGGAAAAAUACGGACACUUUUAGAACUAAUGGCACCUAUGAUCAGAUAUCAGAGGACUGUGCUUUCUCAGUCAUCUUCGGGGAGAACUAUGAGUCCUUGGACUUGGUGGCAAACACUGCAGAUGUAGCAAACAUAUGGGUAACAGGACUGAGAUACCUGAUCUCCUAUGGGAAACAUACGUUAAAUAUGAUAGAGAGCAGUCAGAACAACAUGCGCUCAUCGUGGCUAGGUGAACUUUUUGAUGAGGCAGACGGUAACAAAAGCAAACAAAUAACGAUAUGUGCCGCUGUGCAGCUUGUCAAAAAGCUGAAUCCAGGACUUAAAAAUGUGAAAAUAGAACUUAAGUUCAAGGAGCUUCACAAAUCUAAAGACAAAGCAGGUACUGAUGUGACAAAAGAGGAAUUCAUUGAGGUUUUUCAUGAUCUUUGUACCAGGCCAGAAAUUUAUUUCCUCUUUGUUCAGUUCUCCAGCAACAAAGAGUUUCUAGAUACGAAGGACUUGAUGAUAUUUCUUGAAGCAGAGCAGGGAAUGGCACAAGUGAGUGAAGACACCAGCUUAGAGGUAAUUCAGAAGUAUGAACCAUCCAAGGAGGGCCAGCUUAAGGGCUGGCUGUCUCUCGAUGGUUUCACCAACUAUCUUAUGUCAGCAGAGUGCCAUAUAUUUGACCCUGAACAAAAAACUGUUUGCCAAGACAUGAACCAGCCGCUGUCCCACUAUUACAUUAAUGCAUCCCACAACACGUAUCUGAUCGAAGAUCAGUUCAGAGGUCCUUCAGAUGUGACCGGGUACAUCCGCGCCCUUAAGAUGGGUUGCCGCUGUGUAGAGCUGGAUGUGUGGGACGGGCCCGAUAACGAACCUGUUAUUUACACUGGCCACACAAUGACAUCGCAGAUCGCUUUUCGCAGUGUCAUUGAUGUCAUCAACAAAUACUCCUUUGUUGCGUCUGAGUUUCCACUGAUACUGUGUUUAGAAAACCAUUGCUCGUUAAAGCAGCAGAGAGUCAUGUUUCAACACCUCAAGAAGAUCCUUGGAGACAAAAUGUACAUUGUUUCUCCUAAACCAGAGGACUGCUACCUUCCCUCUCCUUCUGAACUAAAGGGAAAGAUCUUGCUGAAGGGUAAGAAAUUAAGCACAAACUGUACCGCUUCAGAAGGUGAGGUGACCGACGAGGAUGAGGGUGCAGAGAUGUCUCAAAGGAUGAGCAUCGAGUCUGCAGAACAACAGACUAUCGCGUCCAAGAAAUUCCAGUUGUCAAAGGACCUCUCUGACCUGGUCACCUUAUGUAAGUCUGUGGAGUUCAGAGACUUCCCAACUUCAUUCCAGAGUCAGAAGCACUGGGAGCUCUGCUCUUUCAAUGAGGUCUUUGCCAGUCGCUGUGCCACUGACUUCCCCGGUGACUUUGUGAACUAUAACAAGAAGUUCCUGGCACGGGUUUACCCAAGCCCCAUGAGGAUCGACUCCAGCAACAUGAAUCCCCAAGAUUUCUGGAAGUGUGGUUGCCAGAUAGUGGCAAUGAACUAUCAGACUCCAGGCUUGAUGAUGGAUUUAAACAUUGGUUGGUUCCGUCAGAAUGGGAACUGCGGCUUUGUGCUGCGUCCAGCCAUCAUGAGGGAGCAGGUUUCGUAUUUUAGUGCCAACACUAAAGAUUCGGUGCCUGGUGUUUCUCCGCAGCUCCUACACAUCAAGAUCAUCAGUGGACAGAACUUCCCCAAACCAAAAGGCUCAGGUGCCAAAGGAGAUGUAGUUGACCCCUAUGUGUAUGUGGAAAUCCACGGCAUUCCUGCCGACUGCGCUGAGCAAAGGACUAAAACGGUCAACCAGAAUGGGGACAACCCUCUCUUUGACGAGAGCUUUGAGUUUCAGAUAAACCUCCCAGAGCUCGCAAUGGUGCGCUUUGUGGUGCUGGAUGACGACUACAUUGGGGACGAAUUUAUUGGCCAAUACACAAUCCCCUUUGAGUGUCUCCAGCCAGGCUUCCGCCACGUACCGCUUCAGUCUCUGACCGGGGAAGUUCUGCCACAUACCUUGUUGUUUGUUCAUGUGGCCAUAACGAAUCGAAGGGGAGGCGGUAAACCACACAAAAGGGGCCUGUCUGUGCGAAAGAGCAAGAGGAGUAGAGAGUAUGCCAGCAUGAGAGUGCUAUUGAUCAAGGCUGUGGAUGAUGUCUUCAAAACGGCCAUUCUGCCACUCAGGGAGGCAACAGACCUCAGAGAAAACAUGCAGAAUGCCAUAGUGUCCUUUAAAGAGCUGUGUGGGCUUUCAGCGGUGGCCAACCUGAAGCAGUGCAUCUUGGCGCUUUCCCCUCGACUCACUGGACCCGACCUCAACCCGCCCCUCCUUGUGUUCAACCUCAAUGACCAGUACCCAAACUUGGAGCCCCAAGGCCUGCUGCCAGAGUUCCUCAAGAAAGUCGUCACCACCUAUGACAUGGUGAUCCAGACCAGCAAGACUCUCCUGGAGACCUACGAGGGUGUAUAUGAACGCAUUCUACAGACACAAAAAGCAGCGAUGGAAUUUCACGAGAACCUCCACGACUUGGCUGCAAAGGAGGGGCUGAAGGGCAGGAAGCUGCACAAGGCGGUGGAGAGCUUCACUUGGAACAUCACCAUCCUGAAGGGCCAGGCAGACCUACUGAAGCACGCCAAGAGUGAGGUCCAGGAGAACCUCAAGCAGAUCCACUACGCCGUGCUCACCUGUAACCUGAGCAAAGGUGGCGCGGCGGGCGGCUCUUCGGGCUCGGAGUCGAAGGGCAGGCGCAGCCUCGAGGCCAUCCAGGAGAAGGCCACGGGGGUGGAGGAGUUCAACGACGAGGACGACUGAAGACCUUCAGUCCCCCUGGAGACCACAACUAGACAUCUGUGCUGCUCCUGCCUCCUGAGCUCAAAAACCCAAACGCUCUCUCCUCUCUCCUCACCCUCUCGGUCUCUUGUCUUUACCCUGACAUCACCACUCCACACACGCACACCAGUGUUGCUCCACAUUCCAUCAAGUGCAUUCCUGUAUCCCCGAGCACAGCUGUAACCUCUCACAGACGUCUGCCUUGUAAUCAUCAGUUAAAUGCCACCACAACUCCACCAUUUAAAUCUUCACAUCACAGGAAAGGUUCUUGGAAAAGCACUGUCAUUACUUUUCUUAAGUCUUAAAAUGUUGCACUGAAGCAGGUUUUUUCCCUCCUCCUCCUCCUCGUGUCCGAGAGGCUUAAAUAUUAGAAUAUAUACUGUAUUGUUGUUUUUUUACAGUACACUGUGCAGCGUUGAAGUGUGACCGGCGAGCAGCUGAUCAGGUUUCCAUCGCGAGUCGAUCUCUCCCUGUGAAUGAGUUUGAAGGAUGUCACAAUCCACCAUUUCCUGCCAGCUUAGCAAAACAUAAACUAGACUACGGGAAUUUUUACCACCGAUUUAUCCCAGAUGAGUUGAAGAUUUCACCGAAAUUUGUGACGAGAUCGGAGUCACUGUUCAGAGCUCAGUGAGCAGUUUCACUCUCCGUGAAGGCUGAAACCGUGUCUCGCCACGGUGUCGUCGUUAAAAUACGGAAGGAGGCAGAUUUAUUUGCUCUCUCAUCGUCCUCCUCCUCGUCCUCACAUACACUUUACACAGAGGUGAAAGAUGGAGCGAGAGAUAAUUCCUCACUCAGCUCAAAUACCCCAGCAUAUAUACACAGAGUAGCAUCCACCUUAUUUAUCAGGGGGGGACAUAAUUCCUGAUAAUCUGUGAGGUUUAGGUUCUCUCACAGUCAAAACAGUCAACAUUCAACACGGUUAUGCCGAUCGCUUGAUUGUUUCCUAAAAGGCUUUUCUUCCAUUUUAAUAAACAACUGUGUAGCGGGGGUUGUCUUGGAGCUCUGGUCGCUGACAGACCGUGAUGCAAUUUUUUUUUUGUUCGCAUCGUGCCCCUCGAGUUCCUGGUAAUCUGAAAAGUCCCUAGUAGUUCGGGGCGAGGGAAAGUUAUUCCCUGGGUGAUUUCCAGUUUUUCAAAAAUCCCAGGAAAUAAGAAAAAAUUCCUGCGGUGGCUGUAGAAUUUUUGCUCAAAAUGCCCAUCCCUAAUAUUAGGGGUGAAUAUUCAGCGUCUUUAGAGCAACAGAAAAGUCUUGUUUUUUUUGUUUUAGGUGCUCAACUUUACGUUUUAACCCUGUGAAGAGGAUAAAAGCUGCAUUAAAUACUCGCUUUAAGCUUCAAGCAAAAAUACUGAAAAAGGGGAAUAUUUACAGAAAAACAUAUCAUAAUUAACAACAAUAAUAAUAAUAAUAAUCUAUCUACACCCCCCUGUGUCUCAUUUCCUGUUUGAGCUGCGUGGGGGGGGGGCGGAGUCAACUACCAGCCAUGUGACUGAUAAAAAUAAUACUGUUCAGAGACCGAUGCACUUGUUCUACUCAGUGGACACACAGAUUUACCCUUGACAGACACAGAGACAACACAAACAAGAAAAAUGAAAAGGAAAACCGUGGAUUUGUCGUGACCGAUUUUCUUAAAGCACAAUUUUUCUGUGAAUGUACCAGGACAGAGGGACAGAGGGACAAAGAAACUCAGAGGGAAACGGAAGACGUAAAAGAAAAGAUGGAGAAGAAGGAGAAGGAAUCGAAUAUGAAUGAGAGUAAAGAGUUGUUUACAACACUGAACUUGUCCAUGUUCUUGUCUGCCAAAAUAGUACAACAUACUACAAUGUGUAAAUAUCUGAAGUUUCCUGUUAUUCCUUUUUCUGCAGAGUGCAUCAUUUUAUUAUUGUAUACUUGGAAAUAUAAGAUUUAUUUUAUAAAAGAUAUAUAUAUAUAUAAAUAUAAAUAUAUAAACAUGUCUGUGGGGGAAGAAAAAAAGAAAAACUUAAGUUUUAUUCGUCUUGUAGGUUUCCCCGGCAGAGAAACAUCGUCUCAAACAUCGCAAAAACCAGCAACUGCACGAGAAGGAACCACGACUGGACUGGUGUGGACGCAGACUUAUUUUCAUAUGUUUUAGCGGUUUAUGUUGACGUUUAUUACACGGUCCUCCCAUUUCACUAUCAACUGUAUGCUCUUGAGUAUUUUAACCAAAAACAAACAACUCAUUCCACUGUUACUUUCAGACGUUUGUGAAAAGUGCCAGAUGCAGUAUUUUUUGUUCAGAUGCAGUCUUUAUUGUUCUUUUUUUUUGUUUUAAAUGUAUAAUUCAGGUAAGAGUAUGUUCCCAGACUGUUGCACUGUCGUUCAAAAAUACUGCAGUGAUAAAUUUGAAAACUCAUCCCUUUGUUUAUUUGUGAGCAAGUUUGAAUCUACACAUUUACGCCACUUUAUUAGGUACACAUGGUGUUUUUUUGGUUUUUUUAGAGAUGGUCUUCUGCAGAUUGUUUGGGCAGCACAAAUCCAGGGGAAUUAGCAAUAAGAUUCUAUUAUUAUUGUGUGUAUUUUUAUGGUUAUUACAAAAUGACUGCCACGAAACUGUAGUUUUGUGAAAACUAAAUGUGUCAAAAAUGUGAGAUUGGACUGGGAUCAGUUUGCUUGUUUCAGUGUUUUUAAAUCAUUGUAGCAAUGAAAAUUGCAGGCGGGGGAAAAAAAGUUAUAUUAGGAAUGAAUAGGGAACGCUUUAAAGGAAAAGUUACGAAAAACGUGGCGUCCACACGCGUCAUCAUACUUGAUAUAUCUGCGUUUUGAUAGCUAUAACAUUGUUUUUUUGGGACUGUGUUGUAUUUCAUUGUCAAAGGAAAGUUUCUUUACCUACCGACCCACUCAUCUACCUACCCAUCUAAAUAUUGUGGGGGAAAAAACAUGAGGAAUGAAUAGGGAAUAAUUCAAUGGAAUAGUUAAGAGAAACCCAGCGUCCACACACGUCAUCAUACUUGAUAACUCUGCAUUUUGAUAGAUAUGUUUUUUUUCGGGGGGCGUUUAAGGAAGUCUGGAAUAAUUUAGAUUUCUUUUGUUCGGUGUGUAUUUCAGUAAAAUACUCUCUAUCGCGUUCUUCACCACGAACACACUAAAAGUGUAAAAAACUCAUGUUGUAUUUCUUCUAAAAGGGGAGAAGAAAAUGUGUUUGCACAUUUGGAGAAUUAUAGCUUUGAAAUAGUUGGAAAAGUGAUAUCGAGUCGUCCCUGUUCGACCGGACGUGAUGACAUCGCGCUUACUGGAGCUUCUCUCCCUGAAGAUUUUCUCAAAAGCAAUGUUUUCCUUAUAUCAUUUCUGAUAUUACAGAAACAUCAAAUCGUAGCAACACUUGCCUUCUGGCCUCGAGUCUUCUUCUCAUUGACACGUGACGCGAGAUUUGCCUUUAAGAAUCACCCAGUAGAGCAGAGCUCAUCCUGUUUUCUCUCAUUUCUCAUAAAUGUGGUUAGAGUUAGAAAACCCUCCUCUGACCUCUGGCAUCAACGAGGCACUUUCACCCAGAAAAACUGCUGCUUAUUUUUUGGAUCAUUCUCAAUAAAACAGUCGAGGAGAAUCCCAGGAGAUCAGCAGUUUCUGAACAACAACCACGCCACGGUUAAAGUCACUAGUUUUUGUCUGUGUUGUGCAGAUUAUUUGCAUUAACAAGCGAGGUAUGUGAGGAGCAGGUGUACCUAAUAAAGUGGCCGGUGAGUGCGUCUCUCAGGAGUCUAGCAGACAUUGAAUGGGAGGCCGUGUACAGAAGCAAAAAAAAUUAUAAUAACAAUUAAAUUGUCAUCACUGGAUGUGCCGUCACUGUGCCUCAUGUCGCAUCGCGUUCACAGUUCAUCGCUGCGUUUUCUGGGAUUACGUUUGAGGAGCAGGUCAGGAUUAGGAUUAAACCUGCUGAGUCAAAUGAGCCACGACCGCUUUUGGAAGAAUUCAAACUCGGCUUCACAAUCAUUCCUGCUGAUCGUAGAAUUAUAUCCACAGUUACCCUGUUACUGCCAAACUCAGUCCUACUGUUUGAUAUUCAUUUCUCAGUCCACAACUGUGUCGUCCAUUAAAGAUUCAUGUCAGAAAAACA